AUGAAGGGAAUCAUCGCAUUUGUGAGCUUAGUCGGACUAGUGCAGUCGCUAUCGUGGGAGUGGGAAGAUUUUAAAAUCACCCAUUCCAAGGUAUACAAGGACGAAGACGAGGAACAGCUGCGUUACUACAUCUUUCAAACGAACAGGGAAAUAAUGAAAUUGCACAACGAACGUUUUGCAGCCGGUAAAGAAACCUUUAAGAUGGGUGUUAAUCAGUUUUCCGAUUUAUUGACUGAGGAAUUCGAGAAGCUCAUAUUAAGUGACUACAAUAUGACCCAGGAGGAUGAUAAAGAUGCCGACUAUUUGGUUUACGAUCCUCCUGCCAAUCUUCGAAUUCCACCGAGCAUUGAUUGGCGUACAAAGGGUGCAGUAACUGAAGUUAAGAACCAGAAGCAUUGUGGUUCCUGUUGGGCUUUUGCUGCUGUAGCCACACUGGAGGGUCAACAUUUCCUCAAGACAGGCAGACUUGUAGCACUCUCAGAGCAGAAUCUUGUAGAUUGCUCUACGAGUGAUAAUGGAUGCCAUUACGGAUCAAAACAAAGUGCUUUGAUAUAUGUUAAGAAGAACCAUGGAUUAGAUACUGAAGAAUCAUAUCGCUACAAAGCAAAACAAAUGCAUUGUCAGUUCAAAAGGUCACACAUAGGCGCCACAGUCAAGGACAUCGUGUACGUAAAGAAAAAUAGUGAAUCAGCACUGGCAGCAGCUGUUGCAACAAAAGGUCCCGUUGCCGUGUCCGUAGAUGCCACACACAUGCAUCAUUACAAAAGUGGAGUUCUGCGAAAGCCUUGCCACAAGCUAACAAAUCAUGCUGUGACUGUUGUGGGCUAUGGUAAAGAUAAACACUUAGGAAAGUACUGGUUGAUUAAGAACUCCUGGGGCUCUAAUAUUGGCGAACAUGGAUAUGUUCGCAUGGCGCGCGAUGACAACAACUUAUGUCACAUUGCCAGCAGUGCUUUGUAUCCAUUGGUGUAA